AUGGCGCCUCAAGAGGAGACCUCCAAGUAUGGAGAUCUGCCUCUCAGCACAUCCGGGCCCCUCGAGUGUGCCCUCACUGGCACCACUCUGCUGAACCACCCCUUCUUCAACAAGGGUUCUGCGCACACCAAGGAGGAGCGCCAGGCCUUCAACCUUACCGGUCUUCUCCCCCAGAGCGUCCAGACCCUGGAGCAGCAAGCCCGCCGUGCCUACCAGCAAUACUCCACGCGCCCAGAUGAUUUGGCCAAGAACACCUUCAUGACGUCCAUGAAGGAGCAGAAUGAGGUGUUGUUCUACAAGCUUCUUAAUGAUCACCUAGAGGAGAUGUUCAGCAUCAUUUAUACGCCAACAGAAGGAGACGCCAUCCAGAAUUACUCACGUCUGUUCCGGCGUCCCGAGGGCUGCUUCCUGAACAUCAACGACGCCGACCGCGUCCACGAUGAUCUUGCACAGUGGGGCCGACCAGAGGACAUCGACUACAUCGUCGUUACCGACGGCGAGGAAAUCUUGGGCAUCGGUGAUCAGGGUGUUGGUGGUAUCCUCAUCUCGAUAGCGAAACUUGUCCUGACCACGCUUUGUGCUGGCGUCCACCCGAACCGGACUCUCCCAGUGGUCCUGGACUGCGGUACAGACAAUGAAGACCUCCUAAAUGACGACCUGUACCUCGGCCUACGGUCGAAGCGCGUCCGGGGUGAGCGAUAUGAUAAGUUUGUCGACUCGUUCGUCCAGUCGGCCCGCAAGCUCUACCCUCGCGCAUACAUCCACUUUGAGGACUUUGGACUCGACAAUGCACGGCGCCUUCUCGACAGGUACAGCCCUGAGUUGCCCUGCUUCAACGACGAUGUCCAGGGAACUGGCUGUGUAACAUUGGCUGCGAUCAUGUCCGGCCUACAUGUUUCGAAGCAGAAGAUGAGCGACAUGCGCGUGGUCAUAUUCGGCUCUGGUUCAGCUGGCUGUGGUAUUGCUGAUCAAAUUCGAGACGCAAUCGUCACAGAAAGCGGAAUCAGCAAGGAGGACGCAGCGAAGCAGCUCUGGCUCAUUGACAAGCCUGGCUUGCUCACAGCCGUGACUCCCCUCAACAAGGCCCAGAAAAUGUUUGCUAGGAGCAAGGAGGAGUGGGAUGGCAAGUCCACUGACCUGCUGGCGGUAAUCAAGGAAGUGAAGCCAAACGUUCUGAUCGGCACCUCGACAAAACCAGGAUCCUUCACCGAGGAUGUCGUCAAGGAGAUGGCGUCUCACGUCGACCGCCCCAUCAUAAUGCCACUUUCCAACCCAACCCGGUUACACGAAGCCGUCCCGAAGGACAUACUCAAGUGGACCGACGGCCGUGCCCUGGUCGCCACCGGCUCCCCGUUUGAACCCGUCAAGGGCCCGUGGGGCAAAGAUGGCAAGGAAGUCACGAUCAAGGUCGCAGAGUGCAACAACAGCGUGGUCUUCCCUGGGAUAGGGUUAGGCGCGGUGCUCUCUAGGGCGAAGCUGGUCACUGACAAGAUGUUGGUCGCAGCGGUGGAGGCAGUUGCAGAAAUGUCACCCGCUCUUGAGGACAACACAGCGCCACUGCUGCCUGGUGUGGACAUUGUGCGGGACGUCAGCGUCAAUGUCGCGAGCAAAGUCAUCCGCGCCGCGGUGAAGGACGGCCUGGCCACGGAGAAGGGCAUUCCUGAGAACGACGGCGACCUCAAGGAGUGGAUCCGUGAGCAGAUGUGGAACCCCGAGUAUCGACCACUGAAAUACGUCCCGCAGGAAGUUGCCAGCCGUCAGGCCAAGGGACAGCUGAAGACGGUGGGGAGCCUGAAGAGCGAGUAG